UGACAGGUCUGGGCUGCAGAGGUGGAGGGUGAAGACGAUUGGUCGUGUGUACAGACCCUUGAUGCUGCAAAUGGGGCGGGGCAUUCGUCUACAGUUUGGGCUAUCUCGUUUGAUGCCACCGGACACUACAUGGCAUCCUGCAGUGACGAUUUGACUGUCAAAAUUUGGGAUACAAGCUGUGAGCCGUCGGAUGUGAGGGCCUCAGAAGGAAGCUCAGCAAGGGGAUGGUCGCAUGUCUGUACACUUGCGGGCUUCCACGACCGCACCAUCUUCCACGUCGACUGGUCCAUAGCCAGUGGGCUGAUUGCCACAGCAGCAGGAGAUGAUUGCAUACGAGUCUUCUCUUUCCCCGGCCUGCCUCGCUCAGAGCCUGGCGAUGAUGGAACCAACUCCAACAUUGCCAACAGAAAUGGAACUGGCGAGGAGCCAGGGAUUGCAGGGGAGGCAGGGGUGGCAGCGGCAGCAGCGGUGGGAGAGGAGGCGGAAAAUAGGGCCCAGCUGCUGAUUCGAAAGGCACAUGCACAUGACACGGAUGUCAACUGCGUGAGAUGGAACCCCAAGAAUCCCUGCCUCCUGGCAUCAGCAGGAGAUGAUGAGAUGGUGAAGAUCUGGGAGAUCAGAGGGCUUGCAGGCGCUGGGUAAAUUGUAUGCAUCAUGGUGGGGGUAGACCAUGGUGGAGGGUAGUCACCUGACUGACAGGCCCAGAGGCCUGUCUGAUGGUAGCUUACUAGCUUAGAAUAGGAACAAUAAUUAGUGUAUAGAUUGUUAAACAUAGCAGUUUACAGUAAUACCCUGGAGGCCAUUAUCUCCAGAUAUUUCACCAAAACCC